UCCCAAAAGAAAUACACAACGCCACAUGAAUGCACCGCCACAAUAUUACCACAUGACCGAACUUCAACCAUGCUCUAAAGUUCUUGAGUAACUUACAUACCUUCAAAAUGUCUUUAAUUUAUUUUGAUCAACUUCCUGAAGAGCUACGGCUAAAGAUCUGGGAAGAUGCGUUGGAAGAUGAAUACUGCUCGCGACUUGUCUUUUUCUGCGCCAAAACAGGAACACUCCUGCCAACUCGAAACCUGGUGUCCCCGCUAUUGAUAGUGAACCAAGAGAGCCGCGAAUGCGCCUUGACAGAGCGUCGCCACACGGUCAUAGUCUACAAGAUACCACCCGCCGGAUACAAGAGGAAUGGGACCCAACGCGAAUCGCUUCUUAUAAGAGACUGUGUACCAGCAGGAUGCUUGCGCGUUAAUUUGAAACGAGAGCACUUUAUCGAGCACCCAACCUUUCUUCGUAACGAGAGUUUCGCGCGUCAGGGAAUUGCGCACUGGAAUUGCAUUUCUACGACUCGGAGGCAAAGUAGCAUACGACGAUAUAUUACAGCUCCAUUAAAACAGGACUGGACUCAAUGUGAGCAUUUUCACAAGAGCUCAGGUGUUUCAGCAGUGGCUGUUCAAAGUCCAGCAAUCAUGACAUUUUUCAAAUCGUCCAUCACCUCUGAGAGGAAUGCUCGACUUUCAGCACGAGAUCCCCAGUAUUUCGUCAUUGACAGCUUAUCCACCUACAUUACGGAUGUCUCAAACGUAGACCUUGAUCUGUUACGACUGAUGGACAGAUAUAUUCCAAAGGAAGCCAUUGCUUGGAAGUCUGAUCGGUUGCAAAUCGACUUCAAUCUAGUGCGGUAGGGUGUAGGUAGGAGCCGUGGGAGACCAGAGUCUAUGGCUGAGAAUUAUAGAGUAACCAAAGUCAAGAAUAAAAACCAAGCGGCAGUGAAUACUGAUACUUGCUCGUAAUCUGAGCAAUUUUACUAUCUUUCAGACGUACCCAUAAUUGCAAGAGCCGUGCUGCGUUGAGUCUCUCUUCAGAUAUGUUGAGCCGGGUCCUAGGUCUGAUGACAAUCUGCAGAGAUACGAUCAGCAACGCCAAGACACCACCGUUCCCAACCCUCGUUUUCGGAGGAUGGAUGAGUCAGGUCAAUGGAAUUUUAUAGCAACCCAUCUAAUUAUAUGCCAAUCAGAGCGAUCUUUCUAUGUUAUCCCGGUGUUAUGUUACACCACUCUGAAGGUAUUGCCGCAGCGUUUCGGCUGCCUGCCACCGGAGCGAGAGCUCUUCCUCGAGGGAGGCGGGGCUGCGAUCUGAGUAUUUGGUAAUUUUAAAAAAAAUC